AUGAAUCACGGCGGAUUCGUGAGCCGGUUUUGCGGAUUCGCGCGUCGAUUUCGCGGAUCGAGGUUGUCAUCGACCUCAGCCAAUAAGAUUCCUCCACAGUCCGAGGUAGAAGCGGCUAUAGCGGCCGACAUCGCGGGUGUCGCAGCAUGCAAAACGUCUCCAACAGCGGCAAAGCUUGCACCGAGACUACAAAUUGUCCGUGUCUACCGAUGGAAUCCAGAAACACCAAAUGUAAAGCCAUACAUGCAGCAAUUCAGCGUGGAUCUGAACAAAUGCGGCACAAUGGUGCUAGAUGUGCUGGAAUUGAUCAAGGCGCAGCACGAUCCGACAUUGUCCUAUCGGAGAUCUUGUCGGGAGGGCAUCUGCGGAUGUUGCGCGAUGAAUAUAGACGGUGUCAAUACCUUGGCUUGCAUAACAAAAGUAAAAGAAUCUCCGCAACCGCUGGUAAUCUAUCCUCUGCCACAUGCGUACGUGAUCCGGGACUUGGUGCCGGACAUGGAACAGUUCUUGGAACAAUUUCGGCAAAUUGAUCCGUAUUUAAAGCGGCCGGGCGAGGACAAUUUCCUCGGUAUGCGACAAAUCUUGCAGAGUCCGAGGGAUAGGAGUAAACUUGAUGGCUUGUACGAAUGCAUAAUGUGCGCGUGUUGCACGUAUUCCUGUCCCCCUUAUUGGUGGCUGGGUGAUAAAUAUCUGGGACCUGCAGUUCUAUUGCAGGCAUAUAGAUGGGUGAUAGAUUCACGAGAUAUGGCACAUAAAGAGAGACUGGCAAAGCUACGAGAUUUUUAUUCGGUUUAUCGAUGCAAGACGAUUUUCAAUUGCACCAAGACAUGCCCGAAGGGUUUAAAUCCGGGAAAAGCGAUAGCGCAGCUGAAACGUCUACUAGCAGGACUUAUGAACAAAGAGAAACCAGAUCUCGAGACAACACUUCCAAAUCCCUGCCAUGGUGAAGAGCAAUAUCCCUGCAGAAAGGAGUAAAAAAUAAAUAAAUAAUUAGAGACAUUUGUUCGUUCUCUUUAUUGUAUAAUGCUAUCUAUUAUUUUGAAUAAAGAUGCUCCCAUUUUUAUAACGCGAUAAUAAAGUGCUUUACUAAAUGAAAAGUAAUAUAAA